AUGUUGCUUCUGAAUCAAACAAGCCUGACCCCAGCUUCACUGAUUCUCCAUGGGAUCCCAGGGCUGGAGGAGAUGCACAUCUGGAUUUCAUUCCCAUUCUGCUCAAUGUAUGUUGUGGCAAUGGUUGGGAACUGUGGACUGCUCUACCUCAUCAGCUUCAAGGACUCCCUACAUAGGCCUAUGUAUUACUUCUUAGCCAUGCUCUCCUUCACUGACCUGGUCAUGUGCACUGCUACAAUCCCCAAAGCCCUCUGCAUCUUCUGGUUCCAUCUGAAGGAAAUCAGCUUUGAUGAAUGCUUGGUACAGAUGUUCUUCAUCCACACCUUCACAGUGAUGGAGUCUGGGGUGCUCAUGCUUAUGGCUCUGGACCGCUAUGUGGCCAUCUGCUACCCUCUGCGCUACUCAACCAUUCUCACCAGUCCUGUCAUUAUAAGGUCUGGUUGUGCUACUUUCAUGAGAGCGGUGCUACUCAUCAUUCCCUUGAUUUUCAUCACCAAGCAACUACCCUACUGUAGAGGCAACUUAAUCCACCAUACUUACUGUGACCAGCUCUCUGUAGCCAAGUUAUCCUGCGGAAAUAUCAAGGUCAAUAUUAUCUAUGGUCUGAUGAUUGCCCUAUUGAUUGGGGGUUUUGACAUCCUGUGCAUCACAGUCUCCUACACCAUGAUCCUGCGGGCAGUGGUCAACCUCUCCUCAGCAGAUGCUCGGCAGAAGGCCUUCAGCACCUGCACUGCCCACAUCUGUGCCAUCGUUUUCUCCUACAGUCCAGCCUUCUUCUGUUUCUUUUUUAACCGCUUUGGGAGCAAUGCCAUCCCUCCAUCUUGCCACAUCAUUGUGGCCAAUAUUUACCUGCUCUUGCCUCCCACCAUGAACCCGAUUGUCUAUGGGGUGAAAACCAAGCAGAUACGGGACUGCGUUGUAAGGAUUCUUUCAGGAAGCAAGAAUAUAAAAUCUCACAGCACAUAA